UGUAAAAACUACUUCCUGAGAAUGAAUCUUUCUGAAUAACAAAGCAGAUCAGAGUGAGUGCAUGUGUUGACAUGUCUGACUGUCAUUCUUAUUGUCACGUCUUUUCCUGAAAAUGUUUACAUCAUCUGUAGGAGUGAAAGAAAUUCCAGAGCUGCUGUUCAACAUAACAGUUCAGAGGAGGAAACAGAAGGAUCUGAGAAAGAAGAAAAUCAUACACACCUAGGAUGCCUUGAGGCAGUGAGUGAGUGAAGGACGAUGGCAUCUGCUGAACAGCAUUGUGACACACUAGAUGAGCAGGAAGAGGAAAAGCUGAAACACAAGGAAGUCCAGAUGAGCAGCAGCACUCACAGUGAAGUCAGUGUUGAUCUGAAUGCUGAAACAGGAGCAACUGUCAAUGUUCCUGUACUCACUGGAAACACCAUCACAGGUCCAGUGACCUUCAACUACAACACUGCAGGAAACGCGCCACCAAAACCCUUAGAGAGAGAGACAGAGAAGCACACAGCAGAACAAGGCUCAACUGCAGAGGACAGUAAAACUGCUCUUCAUGAUUACACAGAGACCAGCCUCAGACUGAAGAAGAAAUUAAAACAGGAGUGUGAGCGAAUAUUGGUUGGUAAUUCUCAGUCGGGUCAUCAGAAAUACCUGGACGAUAUUUACACUGAUCUAUAUGUGGUGGAGAAUGAGACGGGAGGAAUAGUGAGUGAGCACGAGGUGAGACAGAUCGAAUUCAAACAAUCUGACUCCAAGGACACACUGAUCCAGUGCAAUGAUAUUUUUAAAGUCCAUAAGGGUCGACAAAACCGAAAAGUGCUGACGAUGGGCAUUGCAGGGGUAGGAAAAACAGUCUCUGUCAAUAAAUUCAUCCUUGACUGGGCUGAAGGAAAAGAAAAUCAGGAUAUUGCCUUAAUUUUCCCGCUUCCAUUCCGUAGACUGAACUUGAUUAAAGAAGAGUACAGUCUCAUAGGACUGCUUAACAAAUACUUCUUUAGUAGUCCUGAAGAACUGCCCUCUCUUCCUGAAGGUGAAGGCAAGGUCAUGUUCAUCUUUGAUGGGCUGGAUGAGUGUCGCUUCCCUUUGAACUUCAAAGAUGAUGACAGAUUUACAAAUGUUAAAGAAAAAACAACAUUGAGUAAGAUAAUAACAAACCUCUUUAAGACACAUCUGGUUCCCUCUGCUCUCAUCUGGAUCACAUCCAGACCAGCAGCAGCCGGUCUUUUACCCCGAAACUAUAUUAAUCAGGUGACAGAGGUGCGAGGAUUCAACGAUGAACAGAAAGAGCAAUAUUUCAACAAAAACAGCAGUCCUGAGGUUGCUGGAAACAUCAUCCGUCAUAUCAGGAAAUCCAGGAGCCUGUACAUCAUGUGCCACAUCCCCGUCUUCUGCUGGAUCUCUCUCACUGUUCUUCAGCCUCUACUGGCAAGAGAAAGCAAUGACAAAACACCCACAACUCUCACAGGAAUGUACACAAACUUCUUACUUACUCAGCAGCAACAGAUGGAAAACAAAUACUGUGACGACUCUGAACCUGAAGCCAAUGCCAGGUCUUUUGAUCAGAUUAUUCUGAAGCUUGGGAAACUGGCCUUUCAACAGCUGGAGAAAGGAAAUGUGAUUUUCUACAAAGAAGAUCUUGUGGAAUGUGGACUAGAUGUCAGUGAAGGGUCGGUGUUCUCUGGGUUAUGCACUCAGAUCUUUCAGGAGGAAAAGGCUGUUUCAGCAAGAAACAUUUACAGCUUUGUACAUCUCAGCAUGCAGGAAUUCCUUGCUGCUCUCUAUGUGUUUUUGAUUAGCAAAGAUGAGAAAGCAAAGCUACUUUUUCAAUCCCGGAGAGAAAAACUGACAUGGAAACUGUCCAGAAAGGCACUGUUCCAGCUUCAUAAGGCUAUAGUCAAAAAGGCUUUGCAAAGUGAGAACGGACACCUGGACCUUUUCCUCCGGUUCCUUCUGGGACUCUCUCUGGAGUCCAAUCAGAUUGACUUGAAGGAACUACUGCCAGGACUGGAACUCAAAACAGAGAAAAUGAAAAACACUGUUGACUAUAUCAAAAAGAAAAUAGAGAAGGAGAAAUCAGUGGAGAGGACCAUCAAUCUUUUCCACUGUCUGAGUGAACUGAAAGAUGACUUUGUGGAAGAAAUCCAGAAGAAUCUGAGCUCAGGAAAUCUUUCAGCACAGAAUCUCUCCUCUGCUCAGUGGUCUGGUCUAGUGUUUGUGCUCCUGAUGUCAGAAGAGAUUCAAGAGAAGUUUGAACUGCAGAAAUACAGAAGAUCUGAUGAAGCACUGAUGAGAUUGCUACAAGUGAUCAAAAACACCAAAAGAGCACUGCUACAGUGCUGUAAUCUCACUGCUCAGUGUUGUGAGAGUUUGUGUUCAGCUCUACAAUCCUCAAACUCUGUCCUGAGAGAGAUGGACCUGAGUAACAAUGACUUGCAGGAUUCAGGAGUGAAACUUCUCUCUGAUGGGCUGAAGAGUCCAAAUUGUCAGCUGGAGAUACUGAGAUUUUCCACAUGUAAUCUUACUACUCAGUGUUGUGGGAGUUUGUCAUCAGUUUUACAAUCCUCAAACUCCCUCCUGAGAGAGUUGGACUUAAGUAACAAUGACCUGCAGGGUUAUGGAUUGGAGCUUCUUUCUGAUGGACUGAAGAGUCCUAACUGUCAGCUGCAGAUACUGAGUCUUACUCACUGUAAUCUCACUGUUCAGUCAUAUGAGAGUUUUUCAUCAGUUUUACAAUCCUCAAACUGUGUCCUGAGAGAGCUGGACCUGAGUAACAAUGACCUGAUGGAAUCUGAAAUAAAGGUUCUUUCUGAUGGACUGAAGAGCUGUAAGCUGGAGAUACUGAGAUUAUCCAUAUGUAAUCUCACUGCUCAGUGUUGUGAGAGUUUGGCAUCAGUCCUGCAAUCCUUAAACUCUGUCCUGAGAGAACUGGACCUGAGUAACAAUGACCUACAGGAUUCAGGAGUGAAACUUCUUUCUGAUGGACUGAAGAAUCCAAACUGUCAGCUGGAGAUACUGAGAUUGUCUGGCUGCAUGGUGACAGCAGAAGGAUGUGGUUAUGUGUCUUCAGCUCUGAGUUCAAACCCAUCAUGCCUGAGAGAGCUGGACCUGAGCUACAAUCACCCAGGAAAUUCAGGAGUCAAUCUACUCACUAAUAAACUCAACCAUCAAAACUGCACACUAGAUAAACUCAAUGUGGAUCAUGGGGGAGAGUUCAGGAUUACAGCAGGACUACACAAAUAUUCCCAUCAGUUCACUCUGGAUCUGAACACAGUGAAUAAACGCCUCCGUCUGUCUGAGGGGAACACAGUGAUUACUGACACUUUCCCACCACAGUCGUAUCCUGAUCAUCCAGACAGAUUUGAUCAUUAUCAUCAGGUGUUGUGUAGAGAGAGUGUGUGUGAUCGACGCUGUUACUGGGAGAUUGUGAGGAGAGGACGUGUGUUUAUAUCAGUGUCAUAUAAGAGCAUCAGCAGGAAGGGACGGGGUCAUGAGUGUGAGUUUGGAUAUAAUGAUCAGUCCUGGAGUUUGUUCUGCUCUUCCUCCAGUUACUCAUUCAGACACAAUAACAUAGAGACUCGUCUCCCUGUAAAGCCCAUCAGAAUUAGAAAACCACAAUUUAAUGAUGAUCACUAUAGAGUAGGAGUGUAUGUGGAUCACAGUGCAGGAACUCUGUCCUUCUACAGCGUCUCUGGAGACACAAUGAGCCUCAUCCACACAGUCCAGACCACAUUCACUCAACCGCUCUAUCCUGGGUUUAGUGUUUAUGAUGGAUCAGUGAAACUGUGUUGAUGAAUCAGAAUGCACUGCUCUUUGAAAACUGCAUUUGUGUUUACUGCAAAAAGACUAUUAGAUUUUUUAAAAUAAUGUUUUAAUAUUUUUUUAUUAGUGAUGCACCGGUUUUAAUUUUUUUUAUGGCCAAAUUUGAUAUUAGAUGCCAUUUUUUUUUCUUUAAGCAAAUUUAUUUGUUGUUUAUUUUAGAGAUGCACCGAUGUAUCGGCCAACAAUCGGUAUCUGCCGAUAAAAGCUAUUAUUAUCACUAUGAUCAGGGCUGAUUAUAUUCUGUAAAUACAAAGGGUGCAGAAAAACGUGUUCAGACUGCAACUCAUACACACUGACCCUCAUUUAUCAAACGAUCGUACACCAGAAAACUGCGUACGCUCGUUUUCAUGCAAAAUUUGGCAUUUAUCAAUAUGAGCGUGAGCGGUGGCUAUGAUCAAAUCUCACGUCCGGUCUCAGCUCGUGUAUGCACGUUUUGGAGUCAGUGGGAACUUGCGUGUAGCAUAGUAAAUCUGCUGGAGAACUGAUAUGAGAACAUUUAGAUUAUUUUCCUGACUGACAAUCACUCACUAACCGAUCAUUAACCAUUAAACGGCACGAUUAAAAUGUCACAUUAAAAUUAAAUUAGAAUAGAUGAGUGUCUUAAAAUACCACAAAUGUUUUGUUUUUUUCUUUCCAGGAAUUUCGCUUUGGAUGCGCAAAUGGCAACAUUAACAGAACAUAAGGAUUCACACAUCAUGCACCUGCAACGCAGAGAAAAACAGAAUAAUAUACAAGGAAUAAAAUAAUAGGACUACACCAAAUACAUAUCACUGAAAUAAUUAACAGAUUAACAAAACAAAAGAGAAAAACUGUGCAUCAAGUAGGGCUAGUACAGUCUACACUCGCGUUGUAUUAGUGUUCUUUAUUGUAUUAAAAUAUUUAUCUUUAUUUUGUUAAAUCCAAUUGAUCGCGCAGGCGCCUCACAUACGCAGACGCUACAUAUCAGUUCUAGUGUUGCUAACUUUACAUUUCAGCCAUUUAUCAGCAAACUAAAUGCAGACAAAGUUAACACUGCUCAGUUUAAUGGUCCGUGGAUAUUGAAACAAGAGUGAAAUAGAAAGCCUUGUUUACAUAAUGAACAGUAGUUGAGCAAGCAAUAAAUGUUACAUUGCGAAUAUUAAACAUUUGGGUUCUUCCCGAAUGAGAGAGGUAGACUAUGUGAGCCCAAUUCAGUUUUGCUUUAAAUAAAUUCAUUUCUGCUUUAUAAUAAAUGCCACUACAGCCUAAUUUGUGUUUCAAUUUAUAAAAUAUAGCUACUUAUUUUUCGUUCUUGUUCUGUUCUGAAUAAAAUAAAGGAUUUUCUGUGUAGUGAGGUACUAAAAUAACCAAGUUUAUAUAUAUUAAUAAUGUUUGUAAGUAGCCUAUUUAGUUUCAUUUACCAGUAUUUUUAUUUAAAUUAAUUUUAUUGUUUGAAAUUACGAGGUUGAUGGGUGUUUUUAGAGUAAGAUAAAUUUCUUUUUCAUGUCAUUAUUUCCUCUUCAUGGCUGGGUUACGUUUCUCUGUGUUGUAAAAUAUAGGGCGAGGCUUCUAAACUUUGGGGCGUGAUAUUUAAAUUACGAUUGUUUUCAGCCACCACAUUUAUCAACACCCGUUCAUUCGUGCGACGGAAUUGGCCGCUUACUAAAGUUUAAUGAAUCACAUGUGAGCGUUGUCGUAAGCUGAUUGUUUGAUAAAUGAGGGCCAGUGUGUGUGAAGAAAAUCACUCUUGUGUUGAAUUUUAAUGCAUUAACAGUUCAAAAAUAGUGACGUUAAAGCAGGCUCUUUUUGACCCUAUGAAUCACCCAUAGUUCAAGCUAGGGUUGCCAGGUCUGCUUUUUUUUUUUUUUUUUUUGCUACAUCAAAUAUUAUUUUUAGUGCCUCCCAUCCAAUAAUCACAAAAAGCUUUGUGCUUUUUUACUUUUGAUAAGAAUUAAAGUUUCAGUUUUCAAAUUCUGUCAAUUUUAUCAUGAAAUUCAAACAUUAAAUGGCGUUUUGACGCUCUUAAAUGUGACGUGACAGAUCGCUGUAAUGCCUCAGCUCAGGCGAUAGCUCGAAGCGCAAGUCUUUUCUUCCUGUUCAAUACAAGUUAUAUCUUGAAAAACAUGCAUGAACAUCAAAGGUAUGUUGAAAGAUAUAGUACAACUUACCAGAAUGUAUCAUGUCUCAUGUAAUCACUUUAUUUGUGUUUUAACCAUGGAAAGACGUCAAUAAAACAAUAUGUCUCAUCAUGUCACAUUUACCUCAGGAAUGUUUUCCAAAUCCUUAGUUAUCUAUAUAUAAAAAAAACACUAGAGAGGAGCUUAUUUACUGUUAAUUAUAUGUUUGUGUAAAUUUGCCAUGAAGACUUUGUAUAACACUUAUGAAAACUACCUUAUGUGAUACUAACAUUUAAGUUUUUAUUUGAAUGCAAUUAUUAUAUCUGAAAAUAAACAGCAGCUGAAUAUAAUACCUCUAAUAUUGUAGUGUACCAAAUGAGAGGGUUCCCUGUAUAGUUUACAACAUUAUUUGGGACAGAUUUUUUUUUCCUUAAGAAAAAACAAACUAUUGCUAUCGGUAUCGGCCGAUAUCAUUCUGAAUAAUCGGCUAUUGGUAUCGGCAGAGAAAUUAAGUAUCAGUGCAUCUCUAGUUUAUUUGUUCUAUAACAGGCCAAACUGGCCUUAAACAAAAAAUAUGUGUAGCCAUUUGGUAUACAGGCACCACUGCAUUUUGAGCAUGAGCAGUUGUUUUUGAUUUAAAUUAGAUUGUAUAAAUUUCAAGAUGCACAGCAAAACAGCAUUGUCUGACUUUAUAGCUUUGCUAUUUUUGUGCAGGUGUCUUAUGUAGCAUAAUUUCACAGAUGAAAUGAAUGAAAAUGCAAAUUCACUUUGUAACAGUAGGUGGCGCUUGUGGAACAGCAUAUAGCAUUUCCUUGGUUACCGCUGUACACAGCAUUGCUGCGCUUAUAAAAUAGGCUACUUAUACACAGAUCAAAACUUUUCUGAAGACAGUUCCCUUCUAAGUUACAUUCAUAUAAAACCCAAUUCAAUAUUUAUAUAUUUUUCUUCCAAUAUUUCACAAACAGUGAGCUAAGCCUGGUACAGUGUUUGCUCUGCUGGCGCGUCUGUGUUCUUUCUCUUUGCAUCCGUAUUCAGCAUGUGCCUGUGUUAACGUCCUGUUUACAGACUUUGUAAUAUUUCCACACAAAUGACAGUUUGGGAAAUGAUUGCAAACUAAUAACCGUUCGGAUUUAUGGGCAGUGGAUGCAUGACUGUUUUUUAUUAUUGUUCAGAUCAUCCCCCAGGUUGGAUUGGACACCUUUGUGGGCCGUAUGUUUGGCACUCCUUUUAUAGAGUCUCUUCAUUAUAUUAAUACUGUGUCACUGAAAUAAUAAAUGUGUUUGAAAAAUC